UCCCCAAGCCCCCCUCCCCUCCACUCCCUAAGCUCAGACCACCUCCCCCCUCCCCGCCACUCCCUGAGCUCAGACCACCUCCCCUCUCCCACUGCCUUAUCUCAGAUCUCUCUUUCUCUCUCUCUCUCGAUCUCUCUAUUGCCUUAAUUCUCUAGAGUUUUAUUACAUCAAAGAGAGAUGUUGUUGGGGAAGCGGCCGAGACCUCCGAUGAGGAGGACGACAAGCAUGACGGAGUUCUCGGGGGACAUCCUCGCUGACGGGGAUGCUCCGCAGCCGUCCGAUCAGCAGAGGGGCCACCACGGCCACGGCCACGGCCACCAGAGGGACCGUCAGCGGGCGGCGGCGGAGGGCAGCGGGGGGCAGAGGAGGUACGGUGGGGCGGUCGGGCCGGAGUGGCUCGAGGCGCGGCACCUGGGGGCCAUGCUGUCCCCCCGGGGCGCCGGACACCCCCGGAGCUCCGGCGACUUCGGGAUGGUGGAGACCGCCCCCUUCUUGAAGGCCUGCAGCCUCUGCAAGCGCCGCCUCGGCCCUGGCCGCGACACCUUCAUGUAUAGAGGCGACAUUGCCUUCUGUAGCCUCGAGUGCCGGCAGCAGCAGAUGAAUCUGGAUGAGCGGAAGGAGAAGUGCUCCCUAACUUCCAUGAAGGACGCUCCCCCUCCCACCACCACCACCACCACCACCUCUGAGCAGUCCGGUAAUGGUGAAACCAUCGCCGCUGCUUACGCUUAAACGCCAUCGAUCCUCUCCAAUAGAAUCCCGAAAGCUCGCAGAUAUAUGCAUUGUAUAUGCCAUAAGGCAAAGGAAAUAGAUGUUGCUGGGUUUUAUGGUUUUCCGGCAUCAGUGCUGUUAUCAGAGAACAUGUAUGAAAGAGCUGAUGCAAGUUAUUUGCCGACUCUCUUUCUCUUUUUUUUUUUUUUUUUUUUUUCUCUUCUUUAUUAAUGUGAAGGAAUGGGGGAUGCUGCAUAUCUUUGUGGCUUUCUUAAUUUUAUUCCUGCGGAAUAUAUGUUUACAACUUGUGAAUCAAAUCAUGGCUUUGGUUGGCUUGUGAUUCAA